AUGACGAAAGGAAAACGACCAAGACGUGAGGCCGCAGGUGGCGGUGAUGGUCGUGGUCGUGGUCAUGAUGGUGGCGGCGGUGGUUACAAUAAUGGUAACUACCAAGGUCAUGGAAAUUGGGGAAACACUCCCAAUUAUCCUACGGCUCAUCCCAACUACAACCCUCAAAUGGGACAAGCUUGCAACACAUACCAAGGUCAAGGAAAUUGGACAAACAUACCCAAUUAUCCUACGCCUCAUCCCAACUACAACCCUCAGAUGGGACAAGGUUACAACACAUACCAGUUUGAACCCAAUGUCCCAUGGCAACCUGGUAACGAGCCUUCAAACCCAUUCUCUCAGUCUCACCAGGCCUCGCAAACCCAGCAGAGCCAAAACAAUGAAAAUGACGGCUUCGCAGAUGAUGCGGAAAGCCUGCCUGAUGCUGAGGAUAAUGAAGAGUCGAAUGUGCAAGUUCCGGUUCAGACCGAACCAGGAGUCUGUGGCACGUGCAAGAUGCCUGGGCAUGAGGUCAUUCAGUGCUGGCAGAUGGGACCAGACGGCUUCACGCACGGCUGUGGUGUAUGCAACUCUGGGGCACACGAGACCGAUCAGUGCCAGUCUUUCCCACAGGACCUCGACGGAAAGAUCGAGAUACUGGUCAAAAGACGUGCCUGUCUCCCUCCACUCAAAACCGCAUUUUGGUACAGCAUGAUGUGGAAGUGGGUAAAGAAAAACCCUUCUACUGACGUAAACCAUCUUUUCCCCUGGACUACGAAAUUCGCUAUCGAUGUCCUGAAUGGCGAUCGCAAGUCAGAAGUUGAGGGGAUGCUUGCCACCAUAAGGAACGAUCCUAGUAUAGAGCGUUCUGAGUUUAUCGUCGAUCCCGCAACAGCGAAUUGGGAAAAGGUGAAGGAAACAUAUGGUGGUGAUCCCAAAAACUUCUUCGAGAAGCUUCGCGCAACCAAAGGCGCAGACCAAGAACAACGGGUCACCAACGUCGGUAAGCUUCCUUCUUCAUAA